AGACCAAUACAGCAUACUAACUACUAUGCAUAUCCAAAUGAAGAUUAUUAUAAACACCAGGAAGAAUAUCCUGUCUAUUACAAAGGCUCUUCUUCUUCUAAACUAAACAAACCUUAUGACUAUAUGAGGCCUCUAGUGCAUGUGUAUCACCAUCCCACACAACUCAAAAAGAGAAUUCACCACCUAAAUACAUGGAAGAAGAGGACUGGUAUGAAACAGGUGAUAAUAAAAAGGCCAAAAAGAGAAAAGAAAUGUCGGCUUAUAUGGAACAAUUGAAUCAAGACUUUUUGCAAAACAUAGAAGGACUGUAUGUGUCCAAAUUGAAUGCAAUCAACAAAGAACUUAAAGAAGCUCAUCAAGAUACACAUACACAUUAUCUAGAUGGUUUAAGAGACUUGGAAUUAAUGAGACAAAAAAUGAUUGAUGAUGGUCAACUAUUUAGAGAAUAUCAAAAACAAGUGACAGAUAAUCAGUUUCGAUUAGAAAUAUACCAAGCAGAAGAAGAAUAUACUGCUGAAACGCAGGAGAUAAGAGAAAAACUAUUUACUGUGCUGGAAGAAAAGAGAAGAAAAUUAAAAGAGGAUAAAGAUAAUUGUGACUUGGCUUAUGGUAUUGAUCUAGUCAUGGAUACGCAAGCCAGAUUACAUAAGCGUAAUUUACGUAAAAGGGGACCUGAGAAUACAGACAGUAAAGCCAACAAAAAGAAGCAUUUAAAUGGUCCUUCACUUCUAUUUAGAUUAAGAGACGAUGAUAUUCUCUCAGACAUGCAAGCCAUGCGUAGCGGAAUUUCACCUUUAUCACCCUCAUCUUCACCACUUGUCGGUUCAUUGAAAAAAUCAGCAUCUUUACAUAAAAAGAAACAAUAAAACUUAUUUCAUCAAACCAAUCAAUGUCAUCCCAAGCGUGGGUUCAACCAAAGUAAAAUCCCUUGAAUAUCGAAUGGGUUGGUGCUGUUCAUAAGGAUUGAGGCAUCCACCAAUUUGCUUGAUAGGGGUAUGUUGAGUAG